AUGUUCAACCUGCUCUCUCGCCGCGUUGCGGUCACUGCGGCGCGCGCACCUCUCCGAGCGAACUCGAGUCCAUAUGUCUAUCAACGCUCUCCCAUUUACCGCACGUUCUUCUCCGCACCCGUGCUUGCGGACCCUGCAGCGAAGGCUGCGGCAGCCAAGGAGACCGGUUCUGUGAAGAAGAAGGCUACGAAGAAGACCGCGAAGAAGCCAGCCGCCAAACCAAAGCCAAAGCCAAAGCCAAAGAAGGCGGCGCCCAAACCCAAACCCAAGAAAGUGAAGAAGGCGGUUCCACCUCCCAAACCCAGGUUCAUCAAGUCCAUGAUGCCGCCUCGGCGACCUGCGUAUCCAUACGUCAUAUUCGCCACCGAAUACUUUGCCCGUCAAUCUGAAGUCAAGGCCUCACUCAGUGCACACGAUGUGUCACGCGAAGACGUGAAGGCCCUCAUCGCUGCACGUGGCAAGGCGGCAGGAGUGGCCUGGCACGAACUCCCGCAGUUCGAGAAGGAUAAAUAUAGGGCCGAGUAUGAGAAGCGAUUGGAGCAGUACCGCCUUGAUUUGGCGGCCUGGCAGCAGUCGGUCGAACCUCAGACCGUGAAGAUCAUCAACGACCAUCGUCGUAAGAGGAAAUUGCCGCGUGUUGUCAUACCUGUUCAGGGACCUAAACGCCCGCUGUCAAGCUAUCUCCUCUUCUCGCAGGAGAAGAUGGACGAGGUCAAGCGUGCGUUACCGCCAGGUUCUGUGCCCACAGAAUUUCACAAGGAACUCGGCCGUCUCUGGAAUAAUCUGUCUGACGAGGAGAAGCAGCCCUAUGCGGAGAAAGGAAAGGAACUCAUGGAGGCGUACUCCAAAGCUAAAGCAGAAUACGUUGCCGACUCCGCGUAA